ACAAUUAUCACACACAGUUUUUAAUUGAAUGCAGUAUUUAAUCAAACAAGAGAUAUAGAAAAUAUAUACAAUCUGGUAAAAUUUAGUGCAUGAAUAGUGACAAAAUUAAAGAUUUAUAAUUCAGUAAUUUCCUGUUCGUCUAUAAUUUUCUCCAACAAUAAUUAUAUCAUGCACGUUUCUUUUCAUUUGACUGCUUUUCUAUCAAAUUAUAUUAAGAGCAAUUACAGAGGAAAACUAAUAAUAUUCAUAUUAUUAUUUGAUACAAACAAAUGCAUUCGUUCAAUGUUGUCAUUGGUUUUUAUGGAAAAAAGUGAGCAAUUUAUUAACCAAAUGUUUUAUAAUUUGAUGAUAUGUAAGAUACAUCGUGAUUGAUUAUAAAAAGAAUUUUGAAAAUUAGCGCUAGAAGAGAUUUCAUGAUUGAUAUACUAAACAAAUUUCAAAAAAAUGAUAUAAGUAAGAAAAAGUUGAUGCAAUUAGCAAUUAUUUGCAUUAUCAAGAAUAUCGAUAGAAUCACUAUUCAUAGCUGAGCUGCCAAAGAUUGUGCGGGAACUGAUUGAGAGCAAGUAUUUACAAAAAAAGAACAAAAUUAUUAUGUCAAAAACGGUAUUAUGUGUUUUACUAAAAGUGUUAAUGUUAGCGGGAGCGGAUACUUUAUCAAAGUAUCCGGAAAAUAGUGUAGCUUCGAGAGAGUGCGAUCCCAUGUGCCCAGAUUCAGACCUCAUGCAGGAUAUUCCAGUAUCCGAGAACAACGAUUAUCAUAUUUUACAAAACCGCAAAUCUGACCGGAGUCAUUCUGAUAGUGUGAGUGUGAGAAACAAAGUUGACAAAAUUCCAUUUGCAAAUAUAUCUGUGAUCCCAGAAUCUAUUGAAAGCAUUUUGAGCAAACCAACAUCUCCCAGAGCAUUUGUGGAGUUCCAUAAUGGAUUCCUAAAUGAAGAAGACGAUAUUUCUGUGACAUACAGAUGGAAUCAACCUGAAUUUACAGACGAAAUAAUACAAGGAUACACAGUGCAAUGUUGGUUCAUCGAGAACCAAAAGGAGAUUCAAAUUUGCAACGACAAAAGUAUUUCAGCUACAAUAUUGGAGUGCACAGUGCACAAUCUAAAACCUAGCACGACGUACUAUUUUCAAGUACGAGUGCAUACUAAAGUUGGUGCUGGUCUUUACACAGAUAUGAUUGAUGUAUCGACUACGCACGAAAAUCCAAUACCGCAAGUAUUGAUGAUAACACGAUACGGUAUCGAUGUAUGGGAUCUGGAUUUAAAAAUCACGGUUAAUCUCGUUAAGGAUAAGAACGUGAGAUAUGCCACUUAUUCAAUAGCGGAACAAAAAAUUUAUUGGAGCAACAAUGUAAAAGACCGAAUGAUAUUAAAGAUGAAUGAAAACAAUAUUACAAAAAUAGCUAAGCUUCAAAAUAUUGCGCGCUAUCUUUGCAUUGACUGGGUAGCAAGAAAUCUGUACUGGAUGGAAUUUGGGUUUGGUUUUACUGACCUCAUAAAGCUUGAUAUAACAAUGUGGGAAAAUGGCAUAGUAAAAUAUGAUAAAAUUUUGAAAAUAAGAACUUUUCGUUAUAGCGGUUUAACUAUAUUUCCAUCUAUGGGGACAUUAUAUUGGACAAAUUACACUGAGGAUAAUAAAUAUCAGAUGAUACAAUUGGAUCUUGAUGGAAAUAACACUCCAAUCAUUCAGAAUAAUUUAUGUAUUAUAUGCCCCUUUUCACUCAGUAUGUUAGUUUUUGUUGGCAUGAAAAUUGACGGCAUGGAUACAAAGAAGCCGCUAAUUUUUUGGCUAUUCGAAGAACUCUUGAUUCUGACGGACAUUAAUUUUUCUAUGUGCAAUUUGAUUUUACGAACUAAAGACAUUGGCAAUAAAUUAAAUUUCAAAUCUUUAACAGUUGACAAGAUAAACAUUUAUAUUACUGUUGAAAAUGGUUAUGAUGUAAUUUAUAUUUUGAAAAAAAAGUAUGCACUGCUUAAAAGCGUAGACGCAUUUAAGUACAUCCAAAAGAUAAGAGUGUCUUUCUCCGAAACUUUAGUAUUUCCUAAAUUCUAUGCUUUGGGUAAAUCUUUGCAAUCAUAUCCUUCGACGAGAUGUCUGACACUUGACAAAAGAAUUUACAACGUAGAAAAACCGAUGUACACGGUAACGACGAACAGCAUCAUCGUAAAUCUUCCAGAACCGAUACCCAAGAAUGGAUGCAAAAGGUACAACUUACCUGCUACUUUAUACACCAUCUACAUAAACUAUUGUUUAGACAAUAAUCUUAACAAGUUCGAUAAUUUUACCGUGCAAACGUACAAGCGGUAUUACGAGAUCCAGAAUUUAACGCCGUUUGCAGAGUACAAGUUACUGCUAACUCUAAGCAAUUUUUAUUCUGAUCAAUUAUCGAUGUAUCCGUUAUUCGGCUCGGAAGUGAUACUGAAAAUUAAACCAAGCAAGCUCGAAGCACCGGAAGAUGUAACAGUUGAGGCUCUGACGCCUACUAUAGCAGCAGUUUAUUGGAUGCCACCCAAGAAAUUACACUGUGUGCCCGUGAUCUAUAAAGUAUACUGGACAUUAUUUAUCAAUACAACGUACACGUAUACAUCAUAUAGUACACGACAAAUAAACGAGCUAUUUAUCAAUAAGACCGAACAUAAGGUAGGCAGCAAAUUUUUCACAAUAAUCGAACCGUUGAUACCAGGACAGAAAUAUAGGAUAUAUGUACGCAUGUAUCCAGCCAACUUCAGCGAUCAUUAUAAUGACAGUUUAAACAAAACCUUGUACAUGUAUUCGGAACCAAACAAUAUAACUUUAAGCGGGGUUAGCAUAAACGGUAUGAAUAUCUCGUGGAUUCCAAGCGUUAAUAUGAUUUAUUACUUAUUGGAAUACAAAAAUGUUGAAAUGCAGGAGUGGCAAAUCGUUCGGCAAAAUUCGGCAAACAUCUUUGAGCCGAAUAAUGGAGAAAAAAUAAUCUACUAUAUAAAAAACUUACUACCAGGAACUCUAUACAAAUUUCGUUUAAUAUUGAAAUACCCCAAGUACGAGAAAGAUUUUAUAUGGCCGUCUGAUAAAAGAUUUACUUUUUCAACACUGACAAAUGAUAUUUCAAGCACUUCUGGAAUAUCAGUUAAGCAAUAUUACCUAUCAUUCACCGUAAGCCUUGUUGCUAUAGUUACUAUAAUCUGCAUCUGUUACUUAUACUACUUGUACCGACAACGCAAAAAAGAUAACGAGCAAGUUUUCCCUCUGAUAAUGACUGACAUCGAAUUAGCGAUUCUACAUGAAAUACCUAAGGGUAACAUUCAAUUCAAUACGUUAUACAGUCCUAUGUUGCAAUAUAAUUCGGAUGAAUAUGUACUGACCAAAAUCAAACGUGAGGAAAUCAGAUUAGAAAAACUUUUAGGCAGCGGCGAAUUUGGAAUGGUGUAUCGAGGAACAGUAAAGAUAUUAGAAAGACCGGGCAUAGAGAUACCCGCUGCCAUAAAAAUGCUUCGAAAAAAUGCUUCUUUGCAAGAGAAAAAAAGGUUUUUAGAAGAAGCGAGGCUUAUGAAUCAUUUUCGACAUAAACAUGUGCUAAGAUUGCUGGCCGUCUUUGCCAACGCCUCUCAAUUGUCCACUGACUUUGUACGAGUUAAUGCUGCGUUGCUGGAGUCCAGCGAAUAA